UUGUCAAAUGCUGGAAUUCGCUGCCGAGCGAGCUAGUCCAAGCGACUUCCCAGGAGUCCUUUAAGAGGCGACUUGAUCUAUUCUUAAGGACUAAGGAUAGUAUCACACUAUGGUUUACUAAUUUCUUUUCCUCUUUUAUUCUUAACAUACCUAGGUUCCUGCCUGGAGGAUUUGAUGAUCCCUGUUACUAGACACGGAAGCCUAUCAAGCGAAAGUUUCUUCUAUUCCGUCCACAACCAUUUGAACCAUUUGAAGGUCACGAAGGCAUCGCUCAAAGGUCGUUCAUAAGUUGUAGUCCAACUACUGAAUGGAUGUUAAGUGACAAAAUAUUUUCUUUGACAACUUGGUUGUACAGUGACAAAUAGCUGGGUUUAUAGUUGGUUUUCCCUGAGUGAAUUUAAGGUGUUUUGGGAUCAAACAAUACUCACCUAUGGUUGAUCAGACUGGCCUGGAUGUAUGGACUUUAGAAUCAGAGAUUCAACUUUUUCAUGCUAUAUUGAAUCACAAACCCGUUGGUGCGGAUCGUCAUUUUCAGAUGAUAUAUGUAUGCAACCUUGUAAACUCGUUUGUGAGUGAUCCAAUUAGUACAGAUACUAUUUGGAAAAAGCUAGGUUCGUUGUAUAACAUGGAAGAGUUGCAUGAUUCUGAAGUUAAUCCGUUUCAAUCAAAGAUGAAGGAAUUCAGCCUCCCAGAAGAGUAUGACUCCCUGAAAUCCUUGAAGUAUCCUCGUGUGACAUCACAGAGUGGCAUAUCUGUUUCUCGAUCUCCACGUACUGAUUCCUUUAGUCAAAAAAGAACAAGGAAAUCUUUGCGUUCAGUUGACUCAAACACAACUCCAGUCUCUUCAACUAACUCACCGGCUACUACAACCGCUGGUUCUGUUACUUCACGAGAAAAAAGACGUUGAUUUCUGUUCCCAUAUUGAAUAUGCGAUUUGUUUUGUAUCACUAACAAAGUGUUUUGCAAUAAAUAUUUGUAUUCGCUUC